UAAAUGCAGCAAUUACUAUGGAUAGCAAAAUGAAAAAGAAAUUAAGUAGGAACACGAGGGAAGGUUUAAAAAUGUCCUUAAAUAUAAUUUCUGGGAAUGGUUCUGAUGUUAUUGAGGGCAUUGCGGGUCAACGUUUCAGUUGUGAAAGUUCCAUUAAUAUCAACGUUACUAGUUGUAGUAAUCCCGGUGCACCUGAUUUACAGAAUAAUUCUGAAUUUGAAGAACUACUAGCAACGUCACAUAAUUUAUCGUCAAAUUCUGGAAAUGAUUUUGACGUAACCGAUCAAGUUCGGGUUAUGCAACCAGGAUAUUUUUGUUAUUUUGGUAUUGGCACCACUUUGCGUAAUUUAUUUACAAAGUUCAGUUACACUCCGUUAGAAAAUAGCAUCAUUGAGUUAGGAGUAAACAUUGAUGGAUUACCUAUAAGUAAAAGUGUUAAAUCUACAUUUUAUCCCAUUUUAUGUAACAUCAAAUCGAUAGAAAUAUUUAAAACUCAUAUUUUAUUAAUUGGGUUAUAUCAUGGAGCUGAUAAACCUAUGGAUUCAAACGAUUUAUUGCAAGAAUUUGUGGAAGAAUCUAUCAGUUUAUAUAACAAUGGAAUUAUUUUGAAUGGUAUUAUUUGUAAAAUUCGAAUUGUGAUGUUAACUUGCGAUUUACCUGCAAAAUCAUAUGUGCUGAAAACUAAAGGUCACAUGGGGUAUUUUUCUUGCUCUAAAUGCAAGCAAGAAGGUGACCAUGUUGAAAGAGUAUUGUGUUUUCCCGAAACAAGUUUUAUAAAAAGAACUGAUGAUGAUUUUCGUAGACAAACUCAAUCUGAACAUCAUAUUGGUUGUAGUAUAUUAACGAAACUACCACAGUUCAAUAUGAUUAGGGAUGCUCCCCUAGAUUAUAUGCACCUAAUUUGUUUAGGUGUUGUCAAAAGAAUUUUGGCAGGUAAAAAACAUGGGCUAAUUUUUGGGAAACCUCCAUACAAAUUACCAAGUCGUGAUAUUAAUAAUAUAUCGGAGAGAUUAAAAAUUAUGAGUAAGUUUAUUCCAAUGGAAUUUUCCCGCAAAACAAGGCCCAUUACUGAAUGUAGAUUGUACAAGGCUAGUGAAUUUAGAUUUUUUUUAUUAUAUGCAGCACCUGUUGUGUUGAGAGGUAUUGUGAAGAAGGCAAUCUAUAACAAUAUUCUUACUUUACAUUUAGCAACAUCUAUCUUAAUCAGUAGGGAAUUUCAUUGUCAUUCUGAUUAUCUCAAAUAUGCAAAUGAUUUAAUGUUGCAUUUUGUACAAACGUCUUUAAAAUUAUACGGAGCAGAUUUUGUUGCACACAAUGUUCAUUGCUUAUUACACAUUGCUGACGAUGUGAAGUACUUUGGGGAACUAGACAACUUUAGCGCAUUCCCAUAUGAGAAUUAUAUGCAAAAGUUGAAAAAUAUUUUGAGGAAACACCAUAAACCUUUGCAACAAGUUAUACGGAGAAGCAUGGAAACUGAAUUUUUAAAUUCGAUGGGAAAUAUAGGUAGUAAUGAAAUUACUCCUUACUGUACUCAAGAACAUUUUGAUGGGCCUACCAUAAUAGGUUGUAACAAACAAUUCAAAGCGAUCAAAUUAAGUAAUUGCACUAUUAAAUUGAAUCGUGCCGAUUCUGUAGUGCAACUAAAAACUAUGGAAAUUGUCCGGGUGUUUAAUAUUUGUACAACUGAAGAUGAUAUCAAAAUUGUUGGCAAGGAGUUUAUUGAUAAACAAGAGUUAUACUUACAGCCUUGUUCUUCGUCUAUUUUUCAUAUCUAUGAAUGUCAACAAUUAAAACCAACUUUUUCGUCGUGGUCGAUUAACGAAAUCAAUCAUAAAGUAGUGCUGUUACCACAUAAAAAUGGUUUUGCUGCUUUUCCAAUGUUGCAUUAAUUUGGAUUUGAAAUAUUUUUAUUGUACAUGCUACCUAUUCAAUGUACAGGGUUUUAAAUUAACAUGGAGAAAAAAACAAGUCCUUGGAUGGUGGUUCGUUUUACAAAAGAAAAUUGUGUGGAAAUGAUACCUAGCAAUUGGUACAUGUCCAAAUCGUCAAAGUGUUAUUGGCCUCCGAAAAAAUCAAAUAAGGAAAUAAAGAACCUUUUAUUGCAAAGACAUUCUCCAUCAAAAGAAUGGGCGUUAUUUGAUGUUGUUCUCUUAGGACAAUAUGCUGAUGUAAGUAAGGCUAGCAAAAAGGCUUCCAAAGCUAGAGAAACCGAUGAAUUAACAACCACAUGUGAUGAAAAUGUUGAGAAUGUAAAAAGAAGAAGGAACAAAAAUAGGAAAUAUAGUUCGUCAUCUAACUCAACUGCUUCUGAGGCAGAGUCAGUGGACGAUAAUGAUUACCCUACUCCACCAAGAUCAACCGAUGCUAGUCUCCAUCAUGAAAAAGAACAAAGUUCACGAGCCUCAUCGAAAGGAUCAACUGUGUCAGCUGUAUCAUUAUCUUCAGAUUUGAGGCAUGAUGUGAAGCAACCCCAAAUUAAAUCUUCAUCAAAUAAGUCUACCCUUAUGUCAAACAAGGAUUCUUUCGAAGAAUUCCAGAGACAAGUGUUGCGACAACUGCAUUUGAUUAAUGCAAAACUCAACCAACACUCAGAAAAUUUCAAUGUCAUAUUGCAAGGCGUUAACAAUCCUACAUUACCUGGCAAUGUAGCAGUUGUUCCUAUAUUUGACUUGGGAGAAGUUAAAGAUUUACUUCCAAUUUCAUCCGAGACAAAUUUGAACGAAUAGAAGAAUUGCUUGCUAACAAGGAUUGUGCCUCUUCAUUUGCAGUUGAAUUAAGUCGAACUGGUGGAGAAACUGUAACUGAAAUUACAAAAAGGAUCAUGUAUAAGCUGUUCAAUAAUGCAAUUGGAAUGACAUUCAGCUGGGACGGAGCAAAAGGGAAGAAAAAGUUUAAACAACUAAAAUUAGCAAGUGUAAUCAUAGAUAGUGUGAGAUUAAACAAGAGGACGCAGCAAGCAGCUGAUGACGAAAUAAUUAAAAUAAUCAAAUCAUGGUUGGUUCGGGCCAAGGACAGAUAUCAUAAUAGUAAUCGAGCAAGCAAUCUACAACAAACUGUUCAAGAAGAAGCAGCUGCCGAUAAUCUCUAAAAUGAUGUAUUUUAUAUGCCUAUAUAUGUGCAAAAUUCAUGAUUUUACAUAAAUAUUUCAGUUACAAUUUUCUUUAUUUCUUGGUAGAACUGCAUGUAAGUAUAUAACAUACGUAUGUACAUUUCACAUUCGUAUUAUAUAUACAUGUAUAUUCAUAGUGUGUACGAUGUAGAUUAUUAGAAGUUUCACUGAAUAUGAAACAAAUCCAUAGUACCUGUGAAACAUAUUCAUAACAUGUGUUAUGGAUGUACCCAUCAAUAUUCUCAGUAUAUUCAUUGCAUAUACAGAUGUGGAACCAAUGUAAUAUACAUAUCAUGUACCAAGAACAUACACAAUGUUAAAUAUGUACAUACAUUGAAUAUUUAUAUAUCCAUCUAGGCAUAUACAUUUAAUAUGCAUACCAUAUA